GUUGUGCGAAAUUAGAUGUGUCACGAUUUUGUGCGUGAUCGCAGAGGAUAGCGACUCUAUCUCUACGGGUCCUUGCAGUACGUUUGGCAUUUUUUGCCAGAUCAACUUCUUUCGCUUCCGUUUCCUCAAAGUGUGAAACACCCUUACUUUCCAAAAGAUGCUGCUGCGCACACUUUUGGAUGAUCUUGUCCGCGAGCUGUGGAACGCUAGUACCCACUCCGACUUUCCAGCCACGUCGUCCGCAGUAAAAGAAAAAGACCGGAAUCAUGCAGCAAAAGCCACGGCUUUUUUGACAAAGGAAGACCUGAAGGCGAUUCGUUGCACGCAGAAAUCCAUUCCAAAUUCCGUGUUGGCAAAACUGGAACGCGGGCGCGAUUACGAGGAGGUGUUUACGCCGAUCGAUCCUCAAGCGCCCAAAGCCGCUGCUGAAAAAGUCGACGCCGCAAUGCAGCGGUUGUUCGACAAGGGCCUGGCGGAUCCGCUCGGCAAAAAGCACGGGCCCGUGGUGAUGCUGAAGCAGUGGCUCGCGGAGCCGAAAAAGUGGCCGAACGAAAUACAGAACAAAAAGAGGGGCAUCGGUUUGCUGUUCCGGAAGAGCGCGCUGGCGCAAAUUGCUUCGAUGGGCGACGCCGAGGGUGGCGGCAUGCAGUUGACCAAAAAGGCACGGGAGAGCAACUUCGGCCCCGCGACCCGGACGUACUACAACCUGCAGACCGCGGGGGAAACAAAUUUGCCUGGCCUGCCCGCCGAGGACGACGACACGGAUUGCGUCUGCGACGAUUUGGAGCAGUGGAGCUGCAAGCAGAAACUGGCGGAGGUGUUCGGGCUCGGCAACCGGCCCGCGCCCUGUGCGCUGCAGAUUAAGCAAGGGAAGCCCUGUCCGACCAAAGCCGGCUGCAAGCUGGUGGACGAGAACGGGCAGAUGGGCUGCGUGCAGGAUUGCGAGAAGUUCUCCAGUAUCAAAAGUAAAAAUGUCUGGGUCUGGAAACUUGUUAUGUUGAAAAUGAAUGAUAGACGCACUGCAAUACGCAGCUGUGCAUGACAAAUUUCUUGGCUGCCAUGUAUUACGUAUUCCGCAUGGCAAACUGCGUUUUUCACUGUCCACGGGUGGUGUUGCGGGUUAGCCUGGCGAAAGCCAAAAACCGGCAGAAAAUGGGGCCACGGAAGCGCUCUUGCUGGACAUUACCAACAUUUGCCCACGCAGAGCCGUCCUCUUGCCGGACACAACCAACAUCUGUCCGAAACAGCCUAGGGCCAAGACGACACCGUGAGGACGACCACAGGGGGUCCGUCUCAAUGAUGAUGAUGAUGACAGGUAAGAGGGCUUUUUCGUGCCUAUGCAACACAGAUUCCCGAGUCAUGCCAGACAAGCAUGACAAACUUGCAUUCUUCCAGACCCAGACAUUUUUACAUUUGAUAUCCAGCCAACAGGAGUGCGACCACGCCUCGGACGAGGUGUCGCCACCCGUAUCAAAUGUAAAAAUGUCUGGGUCUGGAAGAUUGCAACUUGUCAUGCUAAAUCUGCAGCAUGCAAAAAUCUGCGUUGCAUGAUUACCAAAAGUCGUCCAGUUUUGACCAAGUCGGAAGGUAGUUUGUCAUGCAGGAUAGGCAUUAGAAAGGCCUCGCAGAAUCUGUCAUGCUAGGUCCUGCAUUCCAGACCUCAUGGGUCAUGGAAAAGCAGCGUGACAAAUCGCGCAUUCUUCCAGACCCAGACAUUUUUGCAUUUGAUAACCCGUGAAGGUGUGCAAGUGGUACGACACCAAGGGGGGCCACUGCGGCCCGGAUAACGAGAAGUACGACGCGAAGAUCCAGGCGGAGCUGGCCGCGAAGAAAGCGGCCCAGAAAGCCCAGGAAGGCGAGGACGAGAAGACCGCGGAUGAGGAGAAAGCGUCCGGAGACAGCGAGGAGGGGGACGGGGAGAAAACUGCGGAUGCAAACGACGAGGACAAGGCCGAAGAAGCGAAGGAGGCGGAGAUCAAAAAGGAGGAGGACAAAGCGGACAAGGAAGGCAGCGGCGAAGAGGACACAACUAGCAUGGUUGCGGAAGAUGACAAGGAAAACGGUGGUGACGAAAAGGCAGCCGAAGACGCCGAGAAAGAGAAGGAAGCUGAUGCAGAAGCGAAAGAAGACGCAGCGGACGAAGCCGCAGAAUCGGGUUCCAACGCUGAGGGUGCCGAAGGCGGGGACGAGGGUGAAGAAGGAAAGGAGGAGUCAAAAAAGGAAGAGUAAACGUAAAGGAGUAAUUUAGGACAGGGAGGACAAGCCUCGUCUCUCUUGUGAAGAAGACAUCAAUGUCGAUUUUGUCGUACAAGUACUAGAGUGCUGAAUGAUGGUACUGAUGUCUGUGCCGUAGUUGAGUAAGCAAAGUAGAACUUAU